AUGGGGCUUAAUCCGAAAGGACGCAAUUGGGGCUCUCUCGUCAAUUGGGAUGACUUGGGCAAGUUUUACGCUGGCUUUGUCGUUGCCUGGACAGUCAUCCUCUAUGCUGCUGUUGCAUUCUUGAUCAUCAAUCGAAAUCUUGCUUUCAUCAAGAUCCGCAACCUGCCCCUCGCCAUCGCCGCCGUCAGUUUUCUCCACGUCUAUCUGGUGAAGAUCUUCCUCGCAUAUACCACUAACGGACACUUCCUAUGCUCGGCAGAGUUUUGGAUCAUGAGCAUUUAUCUGCCAUUUGGCAUCGCUCUCUUCCAAGCAAACCUGGCACAGCUCAGAAGUAUCAGUGACCAGCAGAGAGACCUCGUGUAUACGAGACAUGGAUCAUUCGAUGGACCCGCGAGCCUCUCUGCUGCCCAGCAAGUUCGGCAUCGAUGGAGUUCACUCUCUGGAAUCCAGAAGUCUUACGUCUACAUCGGCACGGGAAUGACGGUGCAGCUCAUCAUCACCGCUGCUCUCUAUGCGACAACCCCCACUCUUCAGGGCGACUGGUCAAGCUACGGCGAUGUGUCUCAUGCCAAAGGACAGGCUCUUUGCCGCAAGUCUCUGGAAUGGAUACCUUCUGCGUUCUGGCAAUUAGCAUGGUCCUGGCUCUACGGACCAUGUCUUCUCUUCCGUGUGCGGAAUAUCCAUGAUGUCCAUUACUGGAGACUGCAAGUCAUCUACAGUGUGAUUUCCGGUCUUCCUGGGACUCCACUAUGGCUGGCGGCCCUGUACUCGACUGCUUUCAAGCCUGUGAACCGUUGGUGGGUGCCGCCGAUGUGGCUGGCUCCGGGCAUUGUGGUGAUGCAGUUCACAACAAUCUUCUUCCCUAUUUAUGAAAUCAUCAAGAGCCGGCUCCAGCUGCGCCAGACACUUGCCAUUCUCGAAUCGUGGGAAGACCGACGUGGCAUCAUCCAGUCGAGCAAUAAUGCGGACUCGAGCAGGGCGUCAUCCGACCAGCCAUCAAUCACCUCCUCUCAACAGCGAGAUUUAUACACCAUGGCUGCAUUGGAGAGAGCGCUGGCAAGCAACCCGAACCCGUUGUUGAAGUUUGCCGCUACUAGGGAUUUCACGGCCGAGAACAUCUUGUUCCUGAUCCAGGUGCAGCGGUGGAAAGAGGCCUAUGCAUCUGCUCUCCGCGCCAACAACAUCCUCUCCGAAUCUGUGCAGUCCCAAUUGUUCCAGUCAGCGGUGAACAUCUAUAUCUCUAGGGUCAAUGACAAGACGACCGAGUUUCCAAUUAACAUUGAAAGCAGGAUUCGUCAAGAUUUGGACACGGUGUUUGGUCCUGCUGAGCCAACCACUCGACUCAUUCCGGACGAAGACAUGAGCUAUUAUGAAGCUGAGAGCUGGACCAAGUCACCCAAGACGACCUCUACAUUCCACAUGGGCAAUUCAGCACACAGUGGGGCCUCAGUGGAAACACUCACAGCAAUACAAGUGCUAAUGUCUUUUCCGGUGGAUAAACAUGAGUCAAUGUUCCCGCCGCAUCCUGGCGUUGCCCCACUGGGCGAAUCCCGAGCCCAAAUGAGGGCAGGCUUCGACGAACACGUUUUUGAUGCGGCGCACCGUAGUAUCAAAUACCUUGUCCUGACCAAUACAUGGCAGAAAUUUGUCAAAGACCAACAGCCAAGCAUUGACAUCAGAAUCUCCGACUGA